AGCUGGAUAUUAAGAAAUUUUGUUAUGGAAAAAACAAUGUACCAUAGUCUAUUCGUUGAGAGAGCAGUGUUGGUUCUGGUCGUGGAGUUUGUUCUAAUGUUCAUUAAGACCUCAUUAAGAGCUCAGUAAGAAUAAUUAAGACCUCACUCGAGGCGCCGAGUUCUUGGUGUGGAAACCAGCCUUAUGGAGUUCAACAUUAUGAAUUAGAAAAAGUACUUUAACUACAUUUUCUCUGCAAUAAUAUAAAAGUACAACACAUCAUUGUGUAGAACUUGCGGUGUUACGUAUCACUAACGAAUAGCAAUUUUGUUAGCGGGAGCGACUGAUUUUACAGAUAGCUCAAUACAGGCGACUUACUAAAAGAAAUAGACUAUAGUGUCGCUCUUCACACGUGAUAUCCACAACCCCCCCAACACCCACUCCCACCUUCACUCCACCUCUUUUGGCAUUUAGCCAUAUUGCCAGUCUUCCGUUAUGCCUGGUGUCUAGCCUGUACAGCCAAGCUAAUAUGUUUAUGGUUAUUUAUACUGUUAUGUGCACAACUGCAGUCAGCUUCUAAAUUUAGCGUGCCACUGUUUACAUAUGCUGAGUUCAGGGCCUGCUGUCUGCCUCUGCCUUAGAAUGUUCCAGAAUACCCUCAGUUCGGGGCCUGUUUGUUUACGACAAGUGUCCCAGAAUACCCUCAGUUCGGGGCCUGUUUGUUUACGACAAGUGUCCCAGAAUUUUCUUAUUCUAGAAAAUUCCACCAGUCUAUAUAAGACCUAUGAAAGCAGGUCAAAGUGGGGUGGGGGGAGGAGAAUUAUUGAGAGCUUUGGAUGCCUUCGCUGUGCAUUACUUUAGUAGGCCUUUUGUGCUAAAUUUUGGUGUCCUUAUAGCCUCUGGCUUUGUUAUAUCAUAUCUGCACCGAGCACUUGUUCAGUUUGAACUUGUAUAUUUAAUUUGUGCUCUUGUGCACACAGUGCUUGUUAAUACACGGACCCUGUCUGUGGAAUUUUGUGUAUAUUUCGUCAUACACUCAGUUAUACUGUGGAUUUUCCCUCUUAUUUGUGCAUUUAUGCCUGUAUGGUUUUCCGCAUUGUGGAAUAUAUGCGUCCGUUUGGACUUGACACCGUUGUACAUGCCACGUCAAAGCUGUUGGUGAAUUAUCCACAGAAACAACGUGAUGAAAUUCUGGAUUUCUUGUUCAAGCCGAACUAUGGUGCAUCGUUGCACAUACUCAAAGUGGAAAUUGGAGGAGACGCGGAGAGCACGGACGGUAGCGAGGCUUCUCACAUGCACGAGAAUGGGGACGAGAAUUACCAGAGAGGUUACGAAUGGUGGCUAAUGACGGAGGCCAAAAAGAGGAACCCUGAUAUUUUGCUGUAUGGAUUACCUUGGGCGUUCCCUGGGUGGCUUGGAAAUGGCACCCAAAACCCCUAUGUUGACCCGGAAAUUACUGCUGAUUACGUCAUCAGGUGGAUUAUGGGAGCGCAGACAUUUUACAACCUCAAGAUCGAUAUUGUGGGCAUCUGGAAUGAACGUCCUUACAACAAAACGUAUAUAAAGGUUCUCCGGAAGAUGCUGGAUAGCAGGAGAUUGUUCCAGGUGCGGAUCUGUGCACCUGAUGGUAACGGAGUGGAGAUUGCCGAGGAUAUGCUCAGAGAUCCACAGCUCGCUGCCGCCGUGGAUUUCAUAGGAGCCCACUACCCUGGGACAGUAUCAGCACCUGCAAGUCUGCAGACCGGCAAACAGUUGUGGGCAUCAGAAGAUUACAGCACGUAUAACGACAACACAGGGGCCGGUUGCUGGGCGAGGUUAAUCAACCAGAACUAUGUGAAUGGAAUGAUGUCAUCGACAAUAGCCUGGAACCUAGUGGCGGCUUAUUACCAAGGCUUGCCGCACUUCCGGGAGGGUCUGAUGACAGCUGUGGAACCCUGGGGUGGGAACUACCGGGUGGAGGCCCCUAUAUGGAUCACGGCCCACACAACCCAGUUUACGAAACCCGGAUGGAAGUAUCUCCGUCACGGAUCGGGAGUGGGAAAGUUAACAGCUGGGGGCAGCUACGUAACCUUUACUGACCCGGAAGUAAAUAGCCUCACCAUCGUCAUAGAAACCAUGAGCCAUGAUCACUCAGUCUGCAUUCGUCCGCCAUUACAACCUUACAGCGUACAGCCUCAGACGGCUACUUUCAAACUAUCAGGCAGUUUUGCACAACUAAGGUCACUGAAUGUGUGGUUUACCGAAUUUGCUUUUGACGGAAGCGACAGCGUCCUUUUCCAGCAAAACAUCCAGUUGAUAGUGGGGUAUUUUUAUAUCAAUGUAACUAAUAGCACAAUAACACUAUCUCUGGGAGUGGAUGAGAUGUACACAUUGACCACGGUAUCUACUGGACAGAAAGGCACUGCGCCCAACCCCUUGCCGUCCAAGCCCUUCCCUCUGCCCUAUAAAGAUGACUUUGAAGCUUACCCGGCCCAUACGGAACCGUACAACCUGGCCCAGCAGAAAGGAGUGUGGGAGGUAAUAGACCUGGGUGCGCCCCGGGGUAAAGUCAUUCGGCAGAUGAUGGCAGAACUGCCCGUGUAUUGGUGUAUGCAUGGUCCUCAGCAUCUACCCCAUACAGUCAGCGUCAUUGGCAGUACUAACUGGACGGAUAUUUAUGUUGAGGUGGAGGCCCGGGUAGGGGCUGUGAACGGCACAGACGGAGUGUUCGUGGCCGCUCGGAUUGACAACGGAGGAUGCAACGUGAGCUAUGCACUCGGCUAUUAUUUUGUCAUCUACCCUUCAAAACAGCAAUACCAGCUGACACACGAUAUUAUCCGCCAAGAUAUCAUUAAGUCUGGACCGGCACCAACAAAUUCUGACUGGAACACCUUAGGUCUACUUAUACAGAACGGAAUUUCUGUGGGCUGGUUGAAUGGACAGAAGCUGUUUACAGUUGCUAUACCAGCUACCCCCGAAAGUGGCUUCGUGGGAAUUGGAACAACUAACGUCGGAAUUGUUGACUUCGAUAACCUGCAGAUACGAACAAGUCAAGACGGACUGAAGAAAAUAAACCGAGUUCUCAAAAGCAACGACCGUCGUUAAAACUUC